UGUGACUCAUCAAAGUCAUCAUUGUCAAAAAUAUUGACAAAUCGAGAACUGUCACGGCCAAAAAACUGGCACGCGUCCGUCCUCCGUAAGCGCCACCGCGCGACUGAUUGAGAUUGUCCAAGCCGUCAUGGGCGAUUUUUUCCACAUUUUUUAACAUAUUGCCCGCUUUUAAAAUGCCAUGGCCACCGGAAUAGAAUUAAUUAUAUCGACAAUAUGCAAUGCUACGUUUUGCGAACCGGUGUACGACAACCCUGUAUUAAAGUCACACACAUCGUCGAAUUUGCAUCAGUAUCGAGAUUUAAUUAAGGAACUCAACGGAAAACAUCUGAAAAUUGGAACUUACAAUAACCGUCCUUUUAGCUGGGUGGAGCGAGGUGAGAAUGGCACGCUCAUCGGAAAUGGAGUAUCUUUCGUCCUCGUUGACAUUCUGCAGAAAAGAUUCAACUUCACGUAUGAAGUGGUGGUGCCCCAGAAAAACUUCGAGAUGGGCGGCGCCAAGCCGGAAGAUUCUCUGAUUGGUCUUGUUAAUAACAGCCAAGUGGACAUGGCAGCUGCAUUUCUGCCAAAGCUGACGAGGUUCCACGAGAAGGUUAGUUUCUCCUACGACUUGGAUGAAGGCAUCUGGGUUAUGAUGCUGAAAAGACCAAAGGAGUCCGCCGCGGGUUCAGGUCUACUAGCUCCGUUUAACAGCGCUGUCUGGUACCUGAUCCUCGUGGCAGUAUUGUCGUAUGGUCCCUGCAUCACUCUGCUGACCAAGCUGCGGUCUAGACUGGUUCCAGAUGGCGAGAAGUACAUCCCCAUGUCGCCUAGCUUCUGGUUCGUCUAUGGUGCCUUCAUCAAGCAGGGGACCAACCUUGCACCUGACGCUAAUACAACCCGAGUUUUAUUCACAACCUGGUGGAUCUUCAUAAUCCUGCUCUCCGCGUUCUACACGGCGAACCUGACUGCCUUUCUCACCCUUUCCAAAUUCACUCUGGACAUCGAGAACCCUCAAGACUUGUAUAAGAAGAAUUAUAGAUGGGUGUCUGCGGAAGGUGGCGCGGUGCAGUAUGUUGUUUCCAGUCCCAACGAAGUCCUUUACUACCUCAGCCGUAUGAUAUCCACCGGACGGGCUGAGUUUCGUUCCAUGACCAGUUUGUACGACUACCUUCCUCUUGUGAACGGUGGGGCUGUAUUGGUCGAAGAACGGGUCGGGAUCGACGAGCUAAUGUAUGGAGACUACCUCAGAAAGGCAAGGGAUGGCGUCGCGGAAACAGACAGAUGCACCUACGUCAUAGCUCCCAAUUUCUUCAUGAAGAAGCUGAGGGGAUUCGCGUAUCCUAAAAACAGCAAGUUGACUGUUAUCUUCGAUUCUGUCUUAACAUACGUCCUACAAGCCGGCAUAGUGGACUUCCUGGAACACAGAGACUUGCCCAGCACGAAGAUAUGUCCCCUGGAUCUACAGUCGAAGGACCGGCAACUUCUGAACAGUGAUCUUCUGAUGACGUAUAUGAUCAUGUUCACUGGGCUCGCUGCUGCUAUUGCCGUAUUUAUUGGAGAGGUCAUCGUCAAACGCUACAUCAUCAAGGAUUCGAAGAGCAACAAAUCAAAACGCAAGAAAACCAAGUUCCAGAAGAAUCCUCGUUUUUACAAUUAUGAUGACAGCAGACCUCCGCCCUACGACUCCAUUUUUGGGCGGAGCCCUAAGAUCAAGGUGAACGCUGCCACAAAAACAAAGAUCAUCAACGGCCGGGAGUACUUGGUGAUUGACGCUGCUAACGGGGACACACGGCUCAUACCAGUGAGGACUCCAUCGGCAUUCUUGUAUCGGCUUGAUAGAUAGAUAUUCUGGACAGA